CCAUUCUUGUCCCCACCAAGACAAUAACCCAUUUGCCUGAAUCAAUUUAUAGUCAUCAAGACCAACUUGGACACAAACUCUCCCCACCCUUCUUUCAAUCCCCGGCAACAUAUAGACGCACAAGCGAACUCACUCUAGCAUCUUCUGCUGUCUUCCAUGGUUCCGCCAUUCCAAGUUGCAGAACUCCCUCUCAACGAGAAUGAUUCCCAAGACAUGGUCAUCUACCACGUCCUAAACGACGCCACGUCCCAAAGCAACUCCUUCCUCCAGCAUCCGAACCGGUCCGGGUCCGCGCCGGGCGGCGGCGGCGGUGGCGCCCUCCAGCCGUCCCGUGGCAUCGCGAAGAAGCACUACCGAGGGGUCCGGCGCCGCCCGUGGGGGAAGUACGCGGCUGAGAUCCGUGACUCGAUGCGCCACGGGGCCCGGGUCUGGCUCGGGACAUUCGAGACAGCCGAGGAGGCGGCGUUGGCAUACGACCGGGCGGCGUUCCGGAUGCGCGGGGCCAAGGCCCUGCUUAACUUCCCGGCGGAAAUGGUGGCCGCGUCGCUGCCGAUGGAUAGGCGCCGGAGGUCCGGAUCGGCUAAUUCCGACACUAGAGGCGAGACACAUCCGUCAGACUCGGAGGCUGGCGUCGCUGCCGGAGGAGCGUCCCGGGAUGCGGCCACGGACCACCUUGAGAGGAUGAUGGAUGUGUUCGGAGGUUGAGCGGCUCUGGUCACUCACAAGUCACAACUCUUUGCGGGCAACCUGUGCCAUGGAACAUGCGACAAAAGGUUUUAAUUUCUUGGGAAUUAGGACGUUUUUUUUUUUUUGUGGGUGUCGCAUAAGUUUUUCAGGAACAUUUUUUUUUUAGGUCAUCUUGAUUUUCAAUGUGGCCCAAUGUGUGGUCAAUUUUGUCUAAAUGACGAGCAAAAUCACGGCAUCUAUCUCCUGAUGAUUAUAUGUCUAUCGAUUCCUAUUACGACAAAAAUCAAAUGGACCAUAUUGCACAAACUUUGCAAAUACAAUAAGGUAUAGACAUUACAAAGACAAAGUGCAUUUUGUCCAUGCUAGACUUUUUGGUUUGUCGAUUCAUAUGAUGUCUUUUCAAGUUAUUGUACGUCGGCUACAUGAUAUUGUAUA